AUGGAGUCAUCACAACAACAACAUCGAUUAUGUACACAUACACAAUCUUCGAAUGAACUUGAUCGUGCUGAACAUCAUUUAAAUGAAUUACUCAAUGAACCAUUAUGUGAUCAUGAUUUUCGUACUUUUACUAAACACUUUGAUGGUGAUAUAAGUAAAAAAAAUUUUACAAUAGAAGAAUUUUAUAAACUAUUUCAACUCACAAAAACAUUCGGUGAACGUCUUCUUGGUAUAUUAAAUGAGAGUAGAUGUAUCGAAGCUAAAUCAAUUAGUGGUGAAAAUAUUAUACGUAUUGCUCGAAUUCUUUCUAUGGCACCAAGAUUAGUUAAAGCACUUAUUCUAUUUAAAAUUUUCGAUCAUGAUGAUAAUAAAAUGAUAACUAUUCAAGAAAUUUCGGAAUUUUAUGAAAUUUAUCUUGUUGAAUUUCGAUUUCCUCAUAAUGAAUUACAUCGUCAAGAAUUGAUAAAUACAUUUCUUCAAAAUUUUCGAAUGAUCAAUGAUAAUGAUAAUUUAAAUUUUGAUCAAUUCUAUUCAAUUCUUCAAGAAACACCUGAAUUAUUCGAAUCACUUCAACUUAUGAAUAUUCCAAUCAAUGAUAAUGAUAUUAAAAAAUUAGAAUGGCAAGCAUGGCGAAUCAAUAAUAGAUAUCAAAUUCUUAUUGGUCUUCUUUAUAUCUUAGGUACAAUUGGUAUUAUUAUUCAUGUAAUAAUAAAAUUGAUCAUUCAUGAACGACAACGAAAAGGUUGGUUCAUCGUUGCACGCAUAUGUGGAUAUUUAAUAAAAUUCAAUUUUGCUCUAUUGAUCGUUCUUAUGCUUAAACAAUGGAUGAGAUGGUUUCGACAAUAUCAUUGUUUGAGACGUUUCUUACCUAUUGAUGAUCAUAUUGAUGCUCAUCGUUACGUUGGAAUAAUUUUCGCAAUUUGUAGUGUUGUGCAUUCACUGGCUCAUACUAUUAACUAUGCUUUAAAUAGUGAAGGCUAUUCAUUUGUUCAAUGUAUGUUUACAACAAGUCGACAACAAGGUUGGGUAUCUGGUUUGACUCCUAUUACUGGCAAUAUUCUUCUUGUUUUUCUUAUUAUUAUGAUUAUUGGUGCAUUACAAUGUAUACGUCAACGAGAAAAAUGCUUUAUACUUUUUCGUAUAUCACAUUUACUCUUCUGGCCUAUAUUUAUUCUUCUUGUAAUUCAUUCAGAAGAGUUUUGGAAAUGGGCAUGUGGACCAAUGUUUCUAUUUAUAUGUGAAAAACUAUAUCUGCUAAAAAGAUAUUUACCACAAAAAGGUCGUACUCAUCUGAAAAAAGUCACAAUCGAAGAUGAUAAUACGAUUUCAUUUACUAUUGUACGACCUCCAUAUUUCAACUUUAAUACAGGAGAUUAUGUUAAUAUUUGUUUUCCUCGUAUAGUUUCUUACGAAUGGCAUCCAUUUACACUUUCAAGUUGUCCAGAAAAUAAAGAUACUUUACGUAUUCAUAUUAGCAAGAGAAAAAAUUGGACAAGAAAAAUCUAUGAACAUUUCUAUCAACAAUGGCAAUAUCAAAAUGAACAUUUUGAUGUUGUUACCAUUUCAACAGCAUCUAUAACCAAUAAUAACAUACAUUCUCCUUCUGUUAAUUAUCCUUAUACAUUCAAUAGCAAUGAAUCCAUUUGGAUUGAAGGACCCUAUAGCAGUUCAACAUCGUAUACAUUCGACUGUGAACAUGUUGUAUUAAUUGGAGCAGGCAUUGGUAUCACUCCGUAUGCCGGCGUUCUCGAAUCUUUAAUGUAUCAAUUUCGUGAACAACAAAAUAAAUGUCAACAUUGUCACUGUAUUAAUUAUGAUCAUGAAGCAAUUGCACGACGAAAAUUAAAAAAAGUCGAUUUUAUUUGGGUAAAUCGUGAUGUGAAAAAUUUUUCUUGGUUCCUACAAUUAUUGACUGACUUCGAGAAUGAACAAUUAACAUAUCUUCAAACAUCAACAUCGGAAAAUAUUGUUCAGCAACGUUAUAUUGAUUUUCAUUUAUAUUUUACAUCGUUGAAAAGAAAUGAUCAAGGAAUGAUUGGUAAUGCUCCUUAUGAUCUUGUCUCAAAUAUCUAUGCGAAAAUAUCAAAUCGAGAUAUUCUUACUAAAUUGAAAACAAAAACAAUUGUGGGUAGACCACAAUGGCCACUCUUAUUUGCCAAACUUAAAGCUGAAUAUGAAAAAACAAAUGUCUUCUUUACAGGGAGUCAUAGUAUGGGCGACGAAAUCAGGCGUUUAUGUGAUCAAUACAAAUUUAUGUAUCAUCAUGAACCUUAUUUUUAA